CCUCAUUGGUUGCAUAUCCUUCUUCUUCUACAGACGUGCUGCUUUUGGUAUUCUGGUGAUCAUGCCAUCCAGCUCACCUAAAACUGAGGCACCUCGUCCCCAGGCGACGCGGCAGCCCCAGCAACAAAACCAAGAUCAAGGAUUCUUUGCCAAGUAUGGACGAUCGAUUAUUCAAAUGGUCGCCAUUUGGCUCCUUAUGAGAUGGCUGACGAGUGGAUUGCAGAAACCACCCACUCCGGAGCCCACGACAACGCAGCCCGGACCCGCUUCCAUGGCAGGCAACGAGGAUGCGACUCGCGUUUCGACUUCUCUUGCCGAGUUCGACAUACCUGUACCCGAAGGCGUGUAUUACUCGCCGUAUCGUCCCAUGAUUCCUUUGGAAUCAUUACCUAAUACAUUUGUACCACUGUGGCAAAAGGGAACACCUAUGGAUCUCGAUAUUUACGCCAACGAAGACGAAUAUUUCGUCGAUUAUCAUGCAUCACCUGUGUGGCAAGCCAAAGAUAUCACUUUGGGCGAUGCUGCUGAUCGUCGCGAACAUAAAGUUUGGAUUCCGACAACACAUUCACUGCAACAUAAUGGUACAUUGUAUGCCCAUAUUUUCCUUCGCCGUAAGCACAUGCCGAUCAAUCCCGAAAACCCGUCCUUUAUUCCUGAUGCCGUGGUUUAUCUCCGUCACACUUUGACGAAAUUCUAUCCAAAGAAAGCAAGUGUAAAGGAAAGAAAUUUGCUGCAUCGCAAAGACGAGGAUGACCACGAAGAGGACCAACAAGACGAUGAACCCACACAUGAGGAAGAAGUACAAGAGGACACAUCCACCGGUAAAUCAUUGCUUGCUUCUGGGUUGUUGGCCAAUAUCACACGUCGUGCUCCAUUAGUGGCUUACUGGCAUGAAAAUGUGACUCUGUCCAUUAUUACCGAUUCAAAGACAGUCAUUCCAAAGAACACCUUGCAACCACCUGUAUUGAAACACAUACCGUUUGAUACAGGCUUGACAAGAGAUGAGACUGGAAAAGUUGGUUUCUACCGACCCAUUAUCUACCCCAACGACUUUUGGCUUUUGCAACAAAACGCUUAUCCUGUGAACUCCACUGUCAGUGUAUUGCCAUUGACUAUCCAUUUGGAACCUUUGUCCAUGUGGAAGUUCAACAUCUACGCCAGUUUUGAUGAAAGCAUGAAACAGCAAGCCAACAGUGCCUUUGGUGGCAUGUCAUCGGGCGAAAUGGAUGAAGUGAAGCGCAUGUUUAUGGAGACAAACCCCAUUCUGCUCGGCACCACCAUCUGUGUAAGCUUGCUCCACAGUUUGUUUGAAAUGUUAGCCUUCAAAAACGAUAUCACUUUCUGGAAGAAAAAGGACAACAGUGCUGGUGUGUCUGUCCGCAGUAUCCUUGUCAACAUCUUUUUCCAGAUCGUCAUCUUUUUAUAUCUCAUGGACAACAACCAGGAAACCUCUUGGAUGAUUCUCAUUGGACAAGGUUUUGGUUUGCUCAUUGAAAUCUGGAAAGUGUUUAAAGCGUUAAAGUACGAACUGACCUGGACUCGCGGAUCCUUGCUCCCUUCAUUGCGGUCGCAACCUGUGCAAAACACUCAGGAAGAGGAUGAGACGGCCAAGUACGAUGCGAUUGCGUUCAAGUAUCUGAUGUGGGUCUCUUAUCCUUUGCUGUUCGGAUAUGCCGUGUACUCCCUUUUAUACGAUGAACAUAAAGGCUGGUAUUCGUUUGUUCUCAAAACCUUGGUGGAGUUUGUAUACAUGUUUGGUUUCAUCACCAUGCUUCCACAGCUCUACAUUAAUUAUCGUCUAAAGAGUGUUGCUCACAUGCCAUGGAAGACACUGAUGUACAAGUCGUUGAACACAUUCAUUGAUGACUUGUUUGCUUUCGUGAUCAAGAUGCCUACGUUACAUCGUAUUGCGUGCUUACGUGAUGAUGCUGUAUUUGUUAUCUACAUCUAUCAAAGAUAUAUUUACAAGGUGGAUCCUACACGAGCCAAUGAGUACGGUCAAGUGGGACAAGAUACUUCCAAGGACGAAACAAAGCAAAAGGAAAUAACGGAUGGAACGUCUUCAGAGACAAAGAAGACGCAGUAGCGUAUUGAUAAACAACUCAUCUGUUGUAAAUGUACUAUAUGCGAAUCAUCCAAUGCAUUCACAUCUUCUAAAUAAAUUAGCGCUUUUUACCAUCGUCGGUAACCAAC